AUGGAUCUAGAACCAGGAGAAACAGCGACAGUGGUUUUGGUCUACACUGUGCCCUUGGACAGACAGCUAGGUGAAACGGAUGGUAGCUUGCUGAUCACCUCUAACGACACUUCGUCUACGCUGACAUUUACAUUCUAUAUAACUUCUGAUGACCGCCAUGACAUUCAGGUGCUUGUGGAGGAUGAGUACACCUACUUUGCAGCCGAUAAACCACUGUUAGCUGAGGCCGUGGUGACACUGACACAGCCACGGAGAAUGUUUAGCAAGACUUUCAUCACAAAUGAAACAGGCAUUUUAAACUUCGAUGGGAUCCAUGCAGACCGGUAUACACUGCAAGUUGAAGCAGCCAACCACACAUCAAAGUCUGUCAUCAUCGUUGUGGACGGCAGUACCUCGACAUACAGAGUCUUUUUACAACGUACAGCAGUAACAUACACGUGGUCUGUCACAAAGACAACCUUCGAGGACAACUGCCUGGAUGCACUCUCCCGAAAUUGUGGAGGUAGUGGACGAAGGCGGCGGGAGGUCAACUCCGAGCUUGUCCUUGAAGUGAACUUUGUUGAUGUUUCAGUUGAUAUAUUCGGUAAUCUCAGUGUUGUUGACAUUAAAGGCGAGUGGAAACAGGCCUUCUUUAAAGGAGUUUCAGAAAACAGCCCGUCUCAAUACCUCCUGGAUUCCAGUGAGGUUGACAUCAUAUUACUUUUGGUGCUUGAAGACGAUCAAGCUAUUUUAAAUACAUUUCUACAACGAUGGAACAACACAUUUUCUUCGUGGAUAGACGGAAGAUCAGGUCCGCCACAAUCAAAUGUUAUGUCACUGAAAGAUGUGAGGACCCUUGGAGACACCUUCAUUGAAAAUACAAGGACCGUUAAAGAGAGAGGAUUUUCAAGUGUUUUCCAUUAUUUUGGUUACUCAAUGACCGAAUGCCAGAACAGUGUCCAAGGGGCAAAACCAGAAGGAGGAAUUUGUGCCAAAGUGCGAAAACGGAUUACACAGAACCUUGUCUUGACCAGGGAUGCUUUCCAGGCUCGAUUAGAAAUAGAAAAUGGCGAAGAAGGAUCUCUGGAAAAAAUUGACGUGGACAUUUUCAUAACCAGAACAGGGGGAAACGGAGCCCUUGAAAAUAACCUUUUCUCUAUUGGUCAGCCAAAGUUAGAGGGGAUCAGUGACGUGUCUGGAACUGGAACAUUAGCCACCGGGGUCAAGGGUUCAGCUGACUGGUUCAUUGUAGCUUACACAGGUGCAGCUGUGGAUGAGGAUGUCAACUAUGAUGUUGGAGGAACUCUGUCAUAUUUUGUAGAUGAUAAGGAAUUCAACGUCCCCCUUCUACCAGACACAAUAACGCCAAAUCCAAGUCUAACACUUGCCUACUUCCAUGAAAAGUAUGUGCAAGGCGAUGACCCUAUGACGACCCAAGUGGAACCCGUGGUUCCGUUCCCCCUUGCAGUAAUGGUAACUAAUAAGGGUAACGGGAUUGCACGACAGGUAAAAAUAUCCUCUGGGCAACCAGAAAUCAUAGAAAAUGAAAAAGGAUUGCUUGUGUCGUUUAAAAUCACCAGGGCACAACUAGGGAUGGAAUCCAUUCAACCAUCACUAACUGUUGACUUUGGUGACAUCGUCAGCCACGAGACCAAAACAGCUCGAUGGUGGAUGACGUCAACACUUAAGGGCAGGUUUUACAACUAUUCGGCCACAUUUGAAAAUAUAAAUCCACUGGGUGAUCCCCAGCUGUCUGUGUUUGAUUCUAUAUCUUACCAUGACAUGAUUCAUCAGGUUAGAAUUGAUAGCAUAGGUGCAGAUGGCUUGGAUGAUUUUCUUGUCAAUGACGUUGUUGACAAGGACAAUCUCCCCGACAGACUCUAUGACAGCUCUAAUGGGUUUUAUUCAUAUCCAGUAGAUUCUGUAUCAGCAAUUGGAUUUUCUAAAACAAAGGAGGAGUUCGGAGGUAGGAAGAAAUAUAUGUAUGUUGAGAUCUUGGUUCAACAAGUAAAUGAGUCGUGGGUAUAUGUUCGGGUCAUCAAUAACACAACGCGAGAUUUGUCAUCAGAAUCACUGCCUAAAGUUACUAAAGAUGUUGGUAAGAAUAUACUUAUUCCUCAGAAUUCCUGGCUUACUUCUUAUUAUAAGAACAAAUUUUACUUCCAUCUGUUUGACAACUAUACUAGAAUUGUGCAGUCACCCAGCAAUCGUUAA